UUCAAUUGGACUUUUAUCAUUCUCCUAUAUAUGUUUUAUGAAUAUUUAAUUUAUGUAGAACUGUUCUUCCUGUCACUAGAGAUGUCAACUGUCAAAAUCAUACUUCGUAGGUAUAUAUCUGCCCACGUGACAAAGAAUUAUUGGAUUAUUCAUUCUUGAAAUUAAUGCAAUUUCUAAAAAUACUGAUAUUAAGCAAAUGCAAGGAAAACAGGUAUGCGACCACAAUCAGACCGAGAAGAAAAGCGCAGAGCAGGAUGCCGACAAAUAUCCACGAUCGAUAUUCCUUAUUAUUGCCACUGAGUUCUGCGAGAGGUUCUCCUUCUGUGGGUUGCGAACGAUUCUUUCCCUGUAUUUGAGGAACGUCUUACUGUUCCAUGAAAAUGAAGCGACGGUGAUCUACCAUGUUUUCAUCAUGUUGUGUUAUUUCAUAUCCGUAGUUGGUGCUAUUCUCGCAGAUAGUUAUUUAGGACGGUUCAGGACGAUUUUAUACUUCUCCAUAAUCUAUGCCGUAGGAAACAUUUUAAUGUGUGUUGCGGCAACUCCUCCGAUUGCAAUUUCCCCUACUGGAUUUACAUACAUUGGGCUAAUAUUAAUUGCAUGGGGCACGGGAGGAAUAAAACCUUGCGUAGCUGCCUUCGGAGGGGACCAAUUCCAUUUACCACAGCAACAGGAACGUCUGCAGCAAUUCUUUUCAAUUUUCUACUUCACUAUCAACUUCGGAGGGUUCGUUGGGAUGAUAUUAACACCAAUGUUGAGAAAGGCUCUCACUUGCUUCGGCGAUGACACUUGCUACGCUCUUGGAUUUGGAUUUCCCGCAGCCCUGAUGGUCACUGCUUUACUAUUAUUUACACUUGGGAAACCACUGUAUCGUCUGAAGUAUCCAAAGGAGAAUAUUAUGUUAAACUUUAUUAACUGCAUUCUGUUCGCUGCGAGGAGAAAAUUGACUGCUCGUAACACCUCUCGAGUAUACAAUCACUGGCUGGAUUAUGCUCGAGAGAAACAUUCAUUGAAAUUAAUAGCUGACAUAAAGAUAGUACUCGCUAUCUUAUUCCUGUACAUACCGCUGCCCCUUUUCUGGAGUCUCUUCGAUCAGCAGGGAUCCAGAUGGACGUUUCAGGCUUCGCGAAUGAACGGAGAAUUUCUGGGAAUUCAAAUGUUGCCAGACCAGAUGCAGGUGAUUAAUCCGGCAAUUGUGCUCUUUCUGAUCCCGCUUUUUGAUAAAAGUAUCUAUCCCACGCUUGGGAAAUUAAGACUGUUGCAUUCGCCACUUCAGCGAAUGAUUAUCGGAGGAGUAUUCGCAGGCCUGGCAUUCAUAGCCAGCGGAUUGUUGGAAUUGAAGUUACAAGAAACCUAUCCAGUGUUGCCCGAUAAAGGAGAAGCUACGUUGAACUUGGUCAACACUCUGGGCUGCGAUGUUGGUUUUUUGGCACCCUUCGAAUCUGAAUUGUCCAUCGGUCCAGGGGACAAACAAGUGUUUAAUGUCUCCGUACACAAUUUCACGACAUACAAAUUGUACUUUGUCGCACCUCCUGGAUGCUGGGACCUUCAACUUACUAAUCCAACAUUAACAAUAGAAGUCAACGUCACGGAAUAUAAAGUUGAUACUUUGUUGAUAGGCUUAAGGGGCAGAGAUCUUGCUCUUUUUGCUAUGGACCCAGACGACUACAAGAAGUCUUUAAAUGGGAAUCCAAAACUUCGAGUGAUCUUCCUGAGGGACACAUCUUGUUUGAAGAACGUAACAAUUACUCUGAGUGGGAAAAGUGGACUACAAGACGAGUACUUCGUGCCGGAUAAAAAAUCACUUUCCGAGUCUACUUAUAUGGAAUUGGAACCCGGAAGGUUUCAGUACACCGUUCAAAAUGGCGACGACCCCGAUGCACGGCACAAAGACUUUGUUGACCUCGAUCUAGGAGCCGUUUAUUUACUCGUAGUGAGAGAACACGCAGGCAACAUUGUCUUUCACAAAUUGUUCACGAUGACGCCACCAAAUAAGAUUCACAUGUUCUGGCUGAUCCCGCAAUAUCUUUUAAUAUCCAUAGCAGACGUAAUGUUUGCGAUUUCCGGUCUAGAGUUCUCCUUUACUCAGGCUCCUAAUAGUAUGAAAACGGUCACUAUCGCUGCUUGGUACGUCAUCGUGGCGCUAGGCAACUUAAUGGUCAUUAUAAUUACGCAAGCUCGCUUCUUCAGGAGCCAAGCGCACGAGUUCUUCUUAUUCGCAGCCUUGAUCCUUAUCAAUAUGGUGAUAUUCGCAAUAAUGGUGCGGAAAUAUAGUUUCGUCGUUCUGGAGGCCGAUUCCAGCGUCGCUCCAGAUAGUCGCGAAGAAUUCCCUUUGUUGAAGCCGACAUUGUUGCAAACUUGCGCGUGUGGAUUAUCAGGCCCACUCACUACGUUAUCACCUACGUCUUCUUCCUCCUCGGUAAAAUCGGCGGCCAACGCGUUGAGAUAAAUUUUCAUACCAGAGAAUGUCCCAACAAUGUCCCAAUAAACAAUUGUUAACUCCUUGACAAAGUGCCAACAACUAUUGACAAAUUUUUUAAGAAAUUUGUAUAUCGAGGCUAGGGAUCGGCGAUAAUUAUUUAUCGCAUUUUUGCUAUGUGUAAUUAUUAUCCUGCAAAUUACUGCAUGAACGAUAUUGUAUAUGUAUACAAAGCGUUAUAAUAUUUAUAAAGCUACAAGCGGCGAUAAAUAUUUAUUACGUGUUGGAUUCCACUCGAGAUAUGACUUAUCAAUCUGUGUAAAUGAAAUCCGAGUUAUUUCCUGCGGGGAAACACCGUCGUUCCAGAUUUUCCGACGAUAGCAGA